AAAGUUUCUGUUGCAGAAAGCAAGCAGUAGAAAAAGCAUCGGUGAGCUAACAUCAUAACCAAAAUAUCGAUGUUCGAUCAUCUCGCAAGAAUGUUUUCUCAAAUACCUUUCUCUUGAUUUCGCGGGGGAGUAUGUAUUUUGCGAAUUAUGACUUUCCAGCGUUUCCUUUUGUAAAAUGUUUACUUCAGUAGCUAUCAGACGCCGGUUAUGAUAGCUGGCUAACGUUAGCUAGUUAACCUAGCUGAUCGCUAGCAGCACAAAGAAGUGUUCAAUGCUUUGUGGUGCUAUGACUCGAGCAUGGUGAGGAGAGUGUUUCCCAUGUUGCAUUAGUGGAAGUGUGACAUGCUGGCCUGUCUGCCAGCAUCAUCAGGUGACCCUACAACCCGAUUUCUCUCCCACACGCAGAUGAACACUGGACUUCAGCAAUGGGACACUACACAGAAGAUGAGAUCUGCCAACUAUCCAACCCCAGCAGAAUUAGAUGCCUUUGCUAAGAAAGUCGCCAACAAGCCUCUGACCAUAAAGAUCUUCCCCAACAGUGUCAAAGUACCUCAGAGAAAGCACAUCCGCCGCACAGUGAACGGGUUGGACACGUCCAGCCAGCGCCACAGCCCCUACCAGUCUCAGGUCAGCAGCACCAGAGCGGGCCUCCUAGCCGUCCUCCGCACUUCGACCGGGAAAAGCGCCAUCAAAGACACAGACGGCAGCCAAGCCCAUCUGCUUCCCAAAGCAGCCAUGAACCUCCACAGCGGGUCACACGUCGCUCAAAGCUCUUUAAAUCUCCCCGAGCCUGUCCCCCACCUCCAGGGCAUGUCCCAAAGCCAACACCAGGCAUUGAACCAGAAACAGGGCCUCCCCCACCCACAUCCACAGCAUGCUGUACAGCAGCACAACAUGGCUCAUCGUGUGACUUCACAGCCACAGAAUAUUCCUCAACCUCACCCUAAAACUUUACAGCAACAGAACAUGGCCCACCCUCAAACUUUACAGCGGCAACCAAGCUUGUCCCAGCUGCAAACUGUACAGCAGCAACAGCAGAAUCUGGCGCACCCCCAGAAUAUCCAGCGGCAGCAAAGUUUGCCUCACAUGCAGACUUCACGACAGCAAAAUCAGACUCGGCCACAAACCUUACAGCAGCAGCAUCUUUUUCAUCCUCAGACGCUGCAGCACCAGACUCUUCCUCACCAACAAGCUUUAGUACAGCAGGCUGUGGCUCAGGCUCAAGGUCUCCGGCACCUGCCUGACUUAGCCCAGGCCCAGCCUCCACCUAGUCUGCAACAUUCCCAGGGCAUGCAGCACCCCCAGAGCCUGUCACAGCCUCUCCCCCAGGGCCUCCGGCACCAGCCUGACGUAACCCAGUCCCAGCUUCCACCCAGUCUGCAACAUUCCCAGGGCCUCCCCCCAUCUCAGCAGUUCCCCCAGGCCUCCGGUGCCGGCCCUGGCCCUCCCUCUGCCCUGCAGCCCCAGCCAGGCCCCCCCUACGGCCCCAGGAAGCUGCCAGACGCAGACGUCCCGCCAAACGUAACUGUAUCUACCUCCACCAUCCCGCUAUCCAUGGCGGCCUGCCUGCACCACAACCGGCCGGGCACAGACCUGAGCAUCAUCGUGCACCAGAUCAACCAGUUCUGUCAGGCUCGGGCCGGAAUGGGUGCCACCUCGGUGUGUGAGGGCCAGAUUGCCAACCCCAGCCCCAUCAGCCGUAACCUUCUCAUCAAUGCCAGCUCCAGGGUCAACACACCCCACAAUCUGGACCUCCUUCCCUCCGGCCUGCUGGGCUCCACAGAGAAGGCCCCUGGAGAGUCCCAGGGCCCUGCUGGUGGCCUACAGCCCAACAUAGCUGUCAUGAACAGGUUGCCACCUGCUUUCCACACUGACAUAAAGCAGCAGUUACAGCAGCAGCAAGUACAGCAGCUCCAACAGGUUCAUCAGCAGCAACAACAUAAUCAGGUACAGCAGCUCCAACAGGUUCAUCAGCAGCAACAACAUAAUCAGGUACAGCAGCUCCAACAGGUUAAUCAGCAGCAACAGCUACAACAUCAGUUACAGCAGCAACUCCAACAGCAACACUCCUGGAACCAGCACCAGCUGGCUCACAUGCAGCACCUGCCUGAGGGAACCAACCCCAGCAAGAACCCCAGGAGAGAAAUCCCCUCUGGGCCUGUCUUCCCUGCCAAGACCCUCAACUAUCCCCACGUGCUGCUGGCCUCGCAGCCACAAGCCUUCUACCUUAAACACCCAUCAGACAAGACAACCCCCUCGCCCUCUGUAACCGGCACACCGGGUGGCACCAUGCCCAGCUCCACCAAUGGGUGCUACCUGCAGGCUCCAUGGGGCAGUGUCCUACAAGCAGGCAAAAGUGAUGGUCUUGGCCCUCUGGAUUUGGCCUUCCAGGGGGGCCCGUCAGGGGCCUCCAUAGACUGCAGCACACCAGGAUCACAGUACCGACCAGGAGCCAGACCCGGGUUCCCAGGUUCGGGUCAGACCAAGCUGAUGAAGCAGAACGUGUCUGAUUACCUGGCUGGGGAUUUCCAGGCUUUCCAGCAUAACCCAGGUGCCAUGGGGAAGAUGCACAGGCCCCCCAUGGGUAGAGCUCUAGCCCAGGGCCCAGAGCUAGGCAACGAUAGAAAUAUCCCCGCUCAUCACCCAGGCUAUAGAUAGCAGUCUUCACCUCACCAGUUGUGUGUCAUGGUUGGUGAAUGAUUCAAGAUUAUAGAUAGAUGGCAGUCUUCACCUCACCAGUUGUGUGUCAUGGUUGGUGAAUGAUUCAAGAUUAUAGAUAGAUAGCAGUCUUCACCUCACCAGUUGUGUGUCAUGGUUGGUGAAUGAUUCAAGAUUAUAAUCAGGUGUCCACAUGUUGUAGAGUUCUUGCAAGUGAUCAAUUGACUGUUCUCCCUAGUCGGUUGCUCCUGCUCUCAAUGUUUAAUCGCUGACUUAUGUGUUUUAAAAGUAGGUCCUUAGCCCUUAAAGGUAUCUGUUAAACCUUAGUGCCAGAUGAAGGGUUUUUGAUUGUUAUUCUAAUGAUGAAGAAUACUUACUCAUACCACAACAUGGACAUCUGCUUCUUGUAGUAUUUUCUGGAAUACUGUAUUGUGAUCUAGGACUAAGUAGAGAACCUAGUAGGGCUACUUCCUUUCCACAUAAUAAUUACCAUAGUUAUCCCCAGGUUGUCAUGGAACCAACCACGCCCUUUUACAACAUUAGUGGCCUAAUAGCUGCCAAUGCAGCGGCUGAAAAUAGGCCAGGAAAUAACACCCCAUGUUUACAUUUGAAUGGGUAUUUUUGUAUGCUAAUAUGAAUCAGGUUCAUGUCUGAGUAUAUUCUUACUUCAAUCUCUCCCCAUAUAGAGUAAGGUACUGCUACAACCAUUUUGUCCUGUCCUCUUGUGUGUGAUAAGACCUUAACUUUUUGAAGUCGUUUUUAUUUUUUAUCCCUACCUUGUUCUGUUACUUAAAUUAAGUUGUCUCUACUUGAAUUUCUCCAGUGACGCUUUCAGUAUGAGGACUAAGAGAAUCGAAAUGUCAUUCUAAAUAUUUACAAAAGGAACAAAACCUCCCUUUGGGAAAAACAUUAAUUGUUUUUUGAAUAAUGUGAACCCAGUAGGAUCAAUCCCCUGAUCUUGAAAGGAAUUGUCUGUUUGCUUAGACCAAAUUGAUCACUUGCAAGUGUGCAAGUACAACCGAACAUACCGGAAGGUUAAAAUAUUUAUUUGUUUCACCACUAUACUACUGUAAACAAGUGAAUGGAUUCCUUGUGGAUCUUUACCUGUCUGGGGGUUCUGGUAAGCUGAGGGGUAUCCUACGAAGCAGCUUUGAAGAGUUAACUUUGGUCAACUGAGUCUUAAUGAAAAGUAUGGCAUUCGACUAGCCAUGUGCAACGUGCAGUUACAAGCCUGCUAGAAUUAGUGGCAGGUGUAUGAGCAAAAUCCACUGUCGUAGUACGGCUAAAGACUGAGCUUGAAUGUGACGCUAACAGAAGCUGGUUCGCUUCAGAAAACAGAUCUAGCUUGCUUAUUGGGAUACCUCUUUUCCUUCACUUGCUAGCCUAACCCGAACUGUAUUGUCUCUCUACUACCUAGAAAGGAGAACCGAGGUUCAUUCCAGUUAUUUUAAAGGCAGGUUACCUCCUCAUGCUUGUAGAUGGGUCUAGCCAUAGAAAUAUAAUUACGUCUAAGUAAUGAUAUUUCUAUGGGUCUAGCAUGCUGCGUUUUUCCUCAGUUUAAUUUGGCUUACUCUUUCCUCCUCCCUGAUAGCUCUUGGGGGAAAAAGCCUUAAAUGUUAUAUUAGUUACCUUCUACCUUAAAUGUUGACUUUUUACACCAUGCCGGAUUUCCUUAAACAGUGCAUGGUGUCGCAUCCUAUAUCGAAAAUUGUUUCUGCAUAUGUUUUCAUUUAAGGCCAUUGUUAAAUUGCUAAGUAAAAGUCCUCCUUUUAAAGGAUAAUAAGUAUGAAUAGUGUUAAGUAGAGUUUCAUAGGUGUGUGGCACUGGGCUGUAACUAUGGUCUUUGGACUACGUUUCUUUCGUUGUUUCUACGUGACAAAUGCCCUACACUAAUUUAGUUCUUAGCUAAUUUAUUUAUUUGAACACUGCAUCCUGAAGCCAUAGGUUUUUCCACACGGGUGCCAUAGUAACGCAUAUGAUCAGACACAAAACAAUGCAAACUGAUGUCUCACAACUAGCUGCAUUCAGUAAGCGAUGUUAAGUCAUAGAGGUAAUUUUAUUUAUAGGGGUUAUGUAGCCUUAAAGGCGCUACACCUUUUAUUUUUUUGCAUUGUCAUUCAGAAAAUUGCCAUAAUAUAUCUGCAGUACUAGGGGAAUGAUAAGUGUUUCACAGUAUUACUUACCUGCCCGCCAGUGCUGUUAUAAACACCUAUUGAUUUCUCCCGCCAGAGCGGCAUCUGUCAAAAUGGGAAAGCUGUUUUGCCUUGCCUGUGUGGAAAUCGGUCAAGCAGCCAAUGUAAAAAUGUCUCUAAUUUCCUGGUUGCUAAAAUUCUACACGGUUCGCUCAUUUUCAAUGUGUGAGAAAAACAAGCACUGAAUAGUGGAGGGAAUCAUUGUACCAUCUAAAUUGCUGUGAAAUAUCUUUUUAAUAACAAAACGUUUUGUUUUUUACAGCUGUUUAAAGCUGGUGGACCAAAACCCGAAAGUAAAAGGCUCAAGCGUGUGUCUCCAUGUUGUGGGGGAGAUGGUACAUUUGUUUUGAAUGCAGCCUAGUGCUGUUGCACUUCUCCUAGCUUCCACAUAGGGGAGAUGUUCUGUGUAGCACCUUUAAUGUUAUGGAUUGAGCUUUCUUCCCUGAGGGCAGUAGCUAGAUUCUGUUUGGCUCUUACUACUGUUGUGUUCCUGAUGUGCCUGGCCCUUGAAGCUGCUAUCGAAUUCUAAUCUGAACACACAAGAGUGUGUGUGUGUAUAGUAAUGAUGUAUGGGUUGUACUAUUGGAAUAAAGGUUCCUAUUUAUAAUGUCUUGUCAUGGAUUUUUGAAAUGCGAGAUUGUAAAUCUGUGUAGUGGAAAUGGACCAACUGUUGCUGCAGUGAACCAAGCGAUGUACCUGUUGUUCCAUUUGACCUGAUUUACUUGUUCUAUAAUGUUGUACAGCCAUGCUACAGCCCGAGAACGUCAGGUUUACAGUUACACUUUCUAAUGUCACUCUGGAUAAGAGCGUCUGCUAAAUGACUUAAAUGUAAAUUAAUCCCAGUGGAAACAUUUCAUAUGAAAUAGUAUGUGUGGGUGUGUGCGAGAGAAAGGGUGUAAAGCCUAGAUACGUGUGCACACUACACAGUGGUGCACAUCUAUCCAUUUUGGGGGGGACCAAGCUUCUAACUAACUACUGAUACUGGACAGGUGUCCGCGUUUACAUACCACGAUGAUUCCAGACAAUGUUGGGAGUCUGAACGGCUGCUGCUGAAUCACUGACCAAACUCACCAAGCCUUCCCCUCAACCAUAAUCACCAUGGCCCAAAGCCUAGUUACAUUCUAUGUCUGAAAUGGCAUCCUAUUCACUACAUAGUGUACGACUUGACCUAGGGUCAUAGUCAAAAGUGGUGCACUAUUUCGAAAGUAGUGUGCCAUUUUGGAUGCUAACAUUCUUUAGCCAUGUUGGUUUGUAUUAGUUUUAAAGAAUCAUGCUAUUUUAAGGUUGUGACAAAAUAGUGGUCUGCUGCCCUCUAGACAGUUGUAGGAACAGAAUGUGGGACUGUGAUGUUAAUGGUGCUGGUGAGUGUUUUUGCUCCACAUAAGUGGAAAUGUGAGAUGAAUGGCAGUGGUUGUGUUAUUCCAGCUUACCUAUCCUUGAACUAUGCUUUGCACUAACAUUCCCCCCUUAACCAAAAUAAAGUUUGCAUUUGCAAAACUGA